AUGGGACAAAAGGACGGAGCCGUGGGAGUCAACGGCCAUACCGGGGGUGCCAAUGGGCACGCAAAAGCAAAUGGCACCGUCCCAAUGAGGACGACAGUGGAUGAGGACAUGUACGAGGAGGAGAAUAUCUUCUUGUUCAUCCCCAACAUCAUCGGAUAUGCCCGAAUCUUCCUCGCCGUCGCAUCCCUAUACUACAUGCCCUUGCACCCUCGCACGUGCUCCGCCCUGUACAGUUUCUCCUGCAUUCUCGAUGCCGCUGACGGCCUGGCGGCGCGCCGAUAUAACCAGUCCACAACGUUUGGCGCGGUGCUGGACAUGGUGACUGACCGCUGCACAACCUCUUGCUUGCUUGUUUUCCUCGCCUCGGCGUUUCCGAGAUGGUCGAUUUUGUUCCAGGGGCUGAUCAGCCUUGAUCUGGCGAGCCACUACGUCCACAUGUAUGCGACGUUGACCAUGGGUGGUCAGAGCCACAAGAAAGUCGACUCGAGCCGGAGCUGGAUCCUGCAUUUGUAUUACACGAAUAAGGUCGUGCUGUUCAUGUUCUGCGCUUUGAACGAACUCUUCUUCAUUGCGCUUUACCUCCUUUCCUUCUCCUCGCCCCUCCUCUCCCCCUCGCUUCUCGUCACCAGCGAGGCCGGCAUGUCGUCUACCCAACCCGGGUCACCUGCACACCCCAAACCCAGCGCUAUCUUUGUCAAUCCUUGGAGUGCCGGCGCCAUGGAAAUGGCCCGUGCGAACAAGAUGGAUAGCACCAUUCCCUGGAUCUUGGCAGGAAUCAGUGCUCCUGUAAUGCUCGGAAAGCAGAUCAUCAAUGUCAUCCAGCUGAUUAAGGCCUGUAAAUGGUUGGGCGAAGGAGACGUGGCGGCGAGGAGAAAGGCGGGGAUCGCAAAGUUGAAGAAGAAGAGGGUGUAA